AAGUGUGCAGUGGGACUCUAUUAGCAUCAGACAGUGGUCCGAGCCUAUUGUUGUUGGGAAAACGUGACCGACUUCAUCAUCUCAAGUGGCCAAUCUUCUGUUUGUAACAGUGUUUGCUGUGGUCUCACUAUACUUUUUAAGACGUACACCAAUGGUGGACUGACUUGCAUUAUAAAAAUUACAUUGAUUCGGCCAAAGUUGUGUGUGUGUGUGUGUGGCGUAAAGGAUAUAUAAAAGUUGCGUAACUUAGCACACCGACACAGCACACCAUCAUUGGUGGUGCAGCAGCAGCUCUUCUUCCUAUAGCUUUCAGUGUGUCUAUACGUGUGUGUAAAAGGAUCUCUAGUCACACGAAUACGGCGCGUGAAACGGGUUGGGGGAAAUGUGAGAUCUUCGUGCAGUGCAAAUACCCCUACACACCGACACACAGUCGUCUGCUUAGUUGCCUAUCGUCGUGCUACUGCUGCCUCCGGUCUAAAAAUACGACAACCAGUGUUGUUGGGGGGCGGAAAAAAAAUCAAACUGAUGAGUGAAACACCUUGUUCGGGAUUACGUUGCACUGCAUUAUUUACCAGGGCUCAGAGCAGCGAGGCUCGGCCAGGGAAAUCUGCGUCAACGACAAUGACGUCGUCUGCAUUGAUCUGCUUGUUCUUUUCUGUGGCUGUGAUAAUAUCGUCGUCGGUCGAAGCUGCCGAAACGGAUCUACCUCAUGUCGAGAUAUCGAACUGGGCCAUCCGCUUCGGCGCACAAAUGUGGGAGAUCGGCAAGCAAGUCACCAGGAUACGGGAAAUCAGAGAGCGUUACCAGAGUGAAGCCAAAAUCGAACAGGUGGACGGAUUCGCCAUGGUUAAAGAGAUGGCCGAGGAGAUGGAGAACAUGAUGGGCGACAAGAUCGAAGCUAUCAAGCGGAUUAUGGACGCGGCUGAACAUCUGUCCGUCUCACAUUCGCGAUUAACACGGCAAGAUUUGUACGAGAUGAAGCAGCGCAACGAGAAUAUCGAUUACUACAACGCCAAACGUCUCAACCAGUACCAUAAAGCCGGGCCGCUGGCCGGUGAGCUGCUCGAGAACCACAAAGCGCUCAUCAUGUCAAACAGUCUGCACUUUGGCAACGUGGGCAUCAACACCAGCGUCAGCGCCGUUCACGUUCCCACCAACGUUUACGACGGAGCUCCGGACGUGCUGAAUGGCAUCCAGUGGUCGGAGCAACUGGAUCGCAUCUUUAUGACCAAUUACGAGUCGGAUCCGUCACUAACUUGGCAGUACUUUGGCAGUUCGACAGGAUUUAUGCGACAGUAUCCAGCCACCAAGUGGGGCCAGGGCGAAUGGGAACCCGACUUGUUCGACUGUCGUCUAAGACCCUGGUAUCUCCAAGCGGCUGCCAGUCCCAAGGAUAUGAUCAUCUUAGUGGACACUUCUGGCUCCAUGACUGGAGUCCGUAAAGAGAUUGCUAAACACGUCGUUCUCACGUUACUCGACACUCUCUCGGAGAAUGACUUUAUCAACAUUUACAAGUUCAGCGAAGUUCCCGUCCCAGUCGUCCCGUGCUUCAAAGACAAAGUUGUCCAGGCCAAUUUAGAGAAUCUGAGGGAAUUGCGCAAUGGCAUGAUUGAAACGGAGACGAGCGACAUUGCCAACUUCACGUCGGCUUUCACGACGGCCUUUGAAAUUCUGCAAAAGUACAACCGAACCAUGCAAGGGUGUCAGUGCAACCAGGCGAUUAUGUUGGUGACAGAUGGGGCUCCCGAAAAUUACAAGGAACACUUGGAAAAAUACAAUUUGCCACACAGGCCAGUACGAAUCUUCUCCUACGUCAUCGGUCGGGAGAUCAUCGACACUUCUGCCACCAUUAAUAUGGCAUGUGAAAACAAAGGCUAUUUUGCUCGAGUCACAUCCCUGGCUGAAGUUCGUGAGCAAGUGCUCAAAUAUAUUCCAGUCCUCUCUCGUCCCAUGGUUAUGUACCAAAAAGAUCAUCCCGUCAUCUGGACUUCAGCUUACAUCGACAUAGCGGAACCCAAAUUGAGUGACUGGCUGUGGGAGAUAAGAGAACGUCGGAAGCAGCGGGAUCGUUCGCUCAACUACCGUGCUCUCUUGCGGUUGAUCAGCGAUCGGAACAACGCCCAAAGCGACGACACUUCAAACGUGACGACCAACAGUAGUCGGGAUGCCAGUGGCAGACCCACCAUCAGUAUGACAGUUGAACAAUAUUUGACCUAUGGCAACCUCGUCAAUGAGGAGCGGCUCAAUGCUCAUCGGAUCAAACAGGAGCGCGAAGAAGCAGCUAUUCCUGCCGGCAACCAGCAGAAUAACCGUCAAGGCAUAACCAGCACCACUCCCCGUCCAGUGUUACCUCCUACUCGAAAUCCUGAUGGACCGCGAGCUGAGGCGCUUGUCAAGCCUGAGACUCUCAGAGCUUGGCUCAAACGAAUCGACUAUGAGACUCGGACUAAACCGAAAUUCUUGAUGGCGGUCUCGGUGGCUACUCCAGUUUACGACCGCAAGAAUGAAUCGAAUAUCAUUGAGAAAAUACUCAUCAACGACAUCUGGGAAGAGAAAACGCGAACGGUAAGGACCGCCAAUCUUCUUGGAGUGGCCGGUACGGACAUACCCGUCACGGAACUGAAGAAACGAACGCCCGCCUACAAGUUGGGUGUUAACGGGUACUCGUUCAUCGUCAACAACAACGGCUACGUUCUCUACCAUCCCGAUCACCGACCCCUGGACGCGGACGGACUCCUGAAACCCAACUACAACACGGUCGAUUUGUCCGAAAUUGAGUUGGUCGAUUCAGACGGCGGUCCGCGUGAAAACGACACGAAUCUCAUGACCAUGCGCCGCGACAUGAUCGAGCGGCGCGAGGGUGAGAUGACGUUCAAAGUGAGGAUUCACCACGAUGGCAUGAAGAGAGUCAGCGUUCGUCGGCAGCGCUAUUAUUACCGCGGGCUGAAGGGUACCCCUUAUAGCCUCGGUUUGGCGCUGCCUGAUGGAUACGGCGAUUUUCGCAUUGCGGCUGAAACCGAAGUCAAGCGUCUGUCGGCUGAUCACAACAUCAACGUUUCGUCCUUCUUCUCCGGCAAGAAUUGGAAAAUUCACCCCGACUGGAUCUACUGCCGCUACAACUACGACCAUCUGAAAUCGUUCGAUACGCCCGAGGCUCAAGUGCUGCACUUUGUCGGCCGGACGCAGCGGGAGCGAUGGCGUUGGAACUCGAAGCACCCGCGGCCUUCCCACGACACUGUCCGCUCUCACAAACAAGAAGACAACUACUACUGCGACAAACAUUUGAUGCAAUCACUGAUUUUUGACGCCCAAGCCACCGAAGUGUUCGACAAGAACAUUUCUCUUAGCAUUGACCGACAAGAUCCAGGUUUAGGCAUGCUUAUGGCACUACUAGCCAGGCACGCCAUGUUUAAGCUGUUUGGUAUAUCGGUCGCCUUUGUCGCCACUCGCAGUGGCCUCUUACGUUGGCAGGACAUCAGCACCAUUGAUGACAAUUUGCAUGUGGUACGUCGGAGGCAUGCCCAGUGGGAUCGGCAGACGAGAAGAGUGAAGCGUGCUCCACGGAAACCUUUCCAGUUCAAGAAACGUUUCCAAAGUAGAAUUUUACGUAAAACGAUUCGCUUAGAUAUUCCGUUCAUCAUACGAAGACGAAAACCGGCGAGGCAUUUUAGCGAGGCCAAUCUCAACGCCAUCGACCAGACUUGGUACAAGAGGGCCGUCGAUCAAUACUCUGUAGAACCGGAUAGCUUUGUCUACUCGGUGCCGUUCAGCACGGGUACAGGAGUAACCAAUGAGAGUGUAGUUACUGCCUCUCAUGCCAUUUUCGUCGAGAAGGGCGGCUACAAAGCUCCCGCCGCUGUCGUAGGACUUCAAUACAAGAACAGCGCCUUCCGAGAAACUUUCUUCAACAUCACGUCGGGGUGCACCGGAGGAGUUCAAUGCAGGCGAACUUGCAGUUCCGGUGAUUUGUCGUGUUACGUAGUGGACAAUCACGGAUACAUCGUGAUCUCAAAGGAGGAGAGAGACACAGGGCGCUUUUUUGGUGAAAUCGAUUGGCUUGUUAUGGAUUCAUUGAUCCAUUACGGUGUCUUUAAAAGGGUCCGCAUCUACGACUAUCAAGCUGUCUGCAAGGAUAUGCAGGGGCACCGCAGUGCUGCCAAUUUCUUGCUAACACCAUUACGUUACAUGAAGUGGUUCGUUCAAUGGAUGGUUGGUCGCGCCUCUUGGAUAAUGCUCCAAACUCAGAUUGCUCAUUUGAUCAAUCCGGACUGGGCCUGGGGCAUGGAACAAGAGCAAUCGGAUUACCACUACGAGGAUAAUGAUGGUAGUCCCGGACCGGUUCCAACGGGUGGAGAAUUCAUGGCCGACGGAGAUAUUUCAAUCAUCGUCCACGACGAAGCUGUAUCAAUGGAAAACGCAUAUGCCAAUAAAUCCCGACCGAGACCAUGUGACCAACAGGCAGACUUGUAUGUGCUGCAACCCGAAAAGCUAUUUAAAGGCGACAAACCCGACUCGGUCAAAGGAAAACAGAACUGCAACUCGAACAAUUUGGGCGCCCGCCAAUGCGAAAGACACUACAGCACCCACAAGAUACCCCACUCGAAUUUGCUACUACUAGUCAUUGACACAACUUGCAGGUGUGAAAUACAGAAGCAAAAGAUUGAAAUGGAGGAAGUCAAAAUGAACGAGUCGUUACGCUGCGAACGACCUCAGGAAAGCUUGUACCGUCAGCGUCCCUCCGUCUGUCUCAGUUAUCAUCCAGAGGAGGAGGAAAUCAAACAGUGUGGUAAAGGAAAUAAUUUACUGCCGUCUCCCAUUCUACUUACAGCAACCUUAAUCUAUUCAGUUUUAAAAUGGAUUUAAUUUGAUUUCACCGGUCCCGCAUGUCUUGUUGCAUCAUUUUGAUUGAGUGAAUGGGUGAUUCAUAAUUCUCGGGUCCUCAAAAUUUUUAUAUUAUUUGGCUAGUUUAUUAGUCUCCCGAUGUAUGGUGGUCGACAUGUAUCAACAGCUCUUAUUUAUUUAUGGAUCUAAAUUGAUGACUUUAGUGUGCGUGUUGGUGAUACCAUGGGUUAUGAAUGUGCAUAGUGUGAGCGACAUUGGGCUUAAAAAAAAAGACGACUUCCCAACAAAGUAUUCAGCUGGAUAAGAAAACGUACUAAGCCUACUUCAUACAUAUCAAUUGUUAUAAAAUGUUCUGGUACGGAGCGUGCUUCUUCAUCUGGCUGGUAAAUGGUGCGUAAUUGUUUGUCGUGAGCUCUAUGGACUAAUUGUGGUGGUGACUGACAAGCUUGUUAUUUCUUAAUUUUCAAAUUGUUACAGUCCUGAAAUGUUAAAUUUAUUUAAAACUCUCACAUUGACGUUUGAUAUUCUAAUUUCAACCAGCAGUAAUCGAAUGCUUUUUGUUUUGGAGAGGGGACAUAAGGUCCUUUUCAUGUGCCCGUUACUGCAAAUACGAUUCUUCUCGUUCCAUCUGCCGUGGGUAAUGCGUGUCAUCCUUUUUGUUAGUGCUUUUUUUCAUGAAAAAAAAACUCAUAUUCCCUACUGAUGCUUUGACUGAAACUGAAAAUUUUCAAAUUGCCCUUGUGUGUUUGAAUUCCCCUUGUUUGAUUUUAGAUAGCAUUUUUUUUUUUUUACAUUUCCUAUGAGGAUGCCAAUGGUCUACAUUUCUAGUAAGAUCUUCGGUCCAAUUAUUUAAAAAAUGUUCUCUAAUAAAAAUAAUCUUAUCAUUUGAAUACAUUCAAAAAUAAGAGAAACGUA